UGCAAAAGAAAACUUUUGCCUUUAUUUUUCCUUCAUUUACAAUGUAAUGUCUUCCUGUCCUUGUUGCCUUUCUAUGAAUCCGCUGCAGUUUGCCAAUGUCCUUUCUAAAAUGGACUGAACUGAGCAGAACUGGGCAGGAAUCAUGUCUCCCACCCAAGGGUGCUGUUGGAGUGCAGAAGGAUCUGGAGGGCAGCAGGAUUCCCACUCACCCUGGGGGUCUAUCCAUCUGUCUCCUCUAUACCGCCUUCUCUCAUGUACUGCUGCUAGGCUGAGUGCCUUGGCUCUGCCUGAAGUUACAUACCUUUGUGGUAUAGGUUUUGUAAGAAUGCAGUAUGUCAAGGAAAUUUGUGGCCUAAUGUGCUCUCAGUGUCUCCAGGCGCCUUGCUUUAGAAACGUGGGGCAGGGAUCACGCUGCAGGGAAAGAGAGGAUCAGGAAAAUAUCUCUCCCCCAAGUUGGAGGAAGUAUUUUUCUCCCAAGACUGAUCACUUGGGAUAGUCUGUCCAUACAGAUGGCCACUCAGGUUUUGAGUGGAGAUGUGAAGAAGCGGGAUCUAGGUAGGAAAUGCUUUGCAUCGUUAGCCCCUUUCCGUGUUGACCAUAUUAUUAGAGGCCUUCCUUUACCAAGGUUGGAUUAGACACAGGAUCUUAGGCCGCUAUCCCCUUUGCAGGGAUUGUUCUUUGUUGGGCAAGUGUUAAAGUGCUUCUCAGGAGGCAACGGGCUCUUACCAGUUGGGCCAGUCUUUCUCCCCUCUUCCCCUGUGAUUGCUACAGCACUAGGCUAUUGUUCUUCAUGUUCAAUGAGAUCUUUCUGUACUCUGCUCCUGAUAAGAUUUUCUUCUUAUUCAUCUCGCAGGUAACCUCUAAACGAACCUUAUGAAGAAAACAUUGCCCUUUGCCUUUCGUCUGAAAUGAAAGUACGCAGGAUUAACAAGAACAAGAAAUGAAUUGGAGAAAUUAUAUUUCUAGCUACAUACCUUUAAAUGUAAGGAAAGGGAGGAUUGUGCUGUAAAAAGAGGGGUUGGUAAAGAGAAAAUAAGGCUACAGCAAUACAGAGACUGGGAAGAGGAAAUAUCCUAUUCAGGAGUCCAUAUCUGUGAACUUCAGGCAUAAUAUUUGAAUAAUAAAUGUUAAAAAAUGGAAAAUUCGUUGUCAAAAUCACACACAGGGGAGAAGCGACAUAAUUGUAAGGACUGUGGGAAAUGUUUCACUGGGAGAAGUUCUCUUGCUAAACAUCAACGAACUCACUCAGGAGAGAAGCCACAUACAUGCGUGGAAUGUGGAAAGAGAUUCAGUCAGAGUGGACAUCUGCGUAUCCAUCAAAGGACUCACACAAGGGAGAAGCCACAUACAUGCAUGGAAUGUGGAAAGAGAUUCAGUGAGAGUGGAAAUCUACGCACCCAUCAAAGGACUCACACAGGGGAGAAGCCACAUACAUGCAUGGAAUGUGGAAAGAGCUUCAGUCAGAGUGGAAAUCUACGCAUCCAUCAAAGGACUCACACAGGGGAGAAGCCACAUACAUGCAUGGAAUGUGGAAAGAGAUUCAGUAAGAGUGGAAAUUUACGCAUCCAUCAAAGGACUCACACAGGGGAGAAGCCACAUAAAUGCAUGGAAUGUGGAAAGAGCUUCAGUCACAGUGGCAGUCUACGUUUCCAUCAAAGGACUCACACAGGGGAGAAGCCACAUAAAUGCAUGGAAUGUGGAAAGAGCUUCAGUCAGAGUGGAGAUCUCCAUAUCCAUCAAAGGAAUCACACAGGAGAGAGACCACAUAAAUGUGUGGAAUGUGGAAAGAGCUUCAGUCAGAGUGGAAAGCUCCAUUCCCAUCAAAGAACCCACACAGGAGAAAAGCCACAUAAAUGCAUGGAAUGUGGAAAGAGCUUCAGUCGGAGUGGAGAUCUCCGUAACCAUCAAAGGAUGCACACAGGUGAGAGACCACAUGAAUGUGUGGAAUGUGGAAAGAGCUUCAGUCGGAGUGGGCCUCUGCGUAUCCAUCAAAGGAUGCACACAGGUGAGAAGCCACAUACAUGCAUGGAAUGUGGAAAGAGCUUUAAUCAGAGUGGAAAUCUACGCACCCAUCAAAGGACUCACACAGGGGAGAAGCCACAUACAUGCAUGGAAUGUGGAAAGAGCUUCAGUCACAGUGGAAGUCUACGUUUCCAUCAAAGGACUCACACAGGGGAGAAGCCACAAAUGCAUGGAAUGUGGAAAGAGCUUUUGUCAGAGUGGAGAUCUCCAUAUCCAUCAAAGGAUGCACACAGGAGAGAGACCACAUAAAUGU